AUGGGCAGAUUCAGUGAUAUGAAGGACAAGCUUAACGCGAAAGACGCGGUCCACAUUAAAGUACUUGAAGCACAGUUGGAGAGAGGAAGAAAGAAGGAAGAAAAGUUCGAGAAGGAUAAACAAGACUUUCUCGCACAACUGGCUAAGUAUGCUCACCAAAGUGGACAGCCAGCUACAGUAUUUGAAGAAGGCAAAUGGUUUUUAUUACAUCCUGAUGGACGGAAAGAGCCAAUGGGUGGUGAAAGUUCCAGUUAA